AUGGCUGCUGCGAGUGGAACUGAGUUGCACGCCGACGGCGACAUGAAAUCGCCCAACUCUGGCCCCGAAGACGAUAUCCCAGACCAGAUCGGGUCAAACGAGUCCACUCCCACGGGCAUCGCAACCCCUCAGCCCGAUCCUGCGGACAAGCGUCUGCCUUCCAUCAUGCACAACUACUUCCAGGUUGGUCCUUUCUCUGGCGAUAAAGCGAAUUUGCCUCGCUUCUGGUCAUAUCUUUCGAAGCCUUCCUCGGCGAACCCCUCUCCAUCACACACACCCUCAUCAUUAUCCACCACCACUACCCAUCACCCGGGCACUUCCUCCGAGUCCUUCGUUAUGAUGGAGCGGGAGGAUGGAGAGGGGUCGGAUCAGAUGGAGGUGAUACCCACCACCAACUUGCCCACUCCGCCGCAUUCUUUACUCCAACAGGAGUCGGACGAGAUGGACCUUGCAUCGAGUCUCGAUAAGAAUGACGGGUCUUCGAUAUUUCACAUUUUGAAGAAAUAUCUCGUCCCGCCCACCACCGCCCCUCAUUCUCGCCGUCAAACUUCCCUGCCAGUCUCUAGCGUCUCUGAUGACCCCGUUCUUGCUUCACAUUUCUCCAAUCCAUCCAUUCCUUCUGCUUCUUCCGAUGCUUUCUGCCCCUCUGAAGCUCCCUCACACGACCACGAGAUGCCGCAUAUUUCUAUAUCUUCCGAGAAUCUUGCCAAGCUGACUGGAAACGCACCCGAUGCGGUGCGUCUCAAGAAUACCCCGCCGUUGACUCCCCGGGCAAUGUCCAACGAGGACCAAUCCGUCGACAAAAAGUCCACUACCUCCGCGCCGCGCGCGAGCGGAUCCGAGGAGUCGCAGGAGGAACAACAACGGCAAGAACAACAAUCACACUCGGACGGUAUGGACAGUUCCACCGACGAAAUCGCGAUGAAACUCGACGAGGCUUUCCCCCGCAACUCCAACGCCUCCCCUCAGAAUGGAGCUCCCGUGGGAGCACUGAAGGGAAAAUUGUUUGUGAAGAUCUCCGAGGGCCGCGGAUUGCGCCCUAGUUUUGAUCCCUACGUCGUUUGUGUUUUCGAGUGGAACGAGUAUAUCUCCAAGGGUGCGCGAACUGGGGAAGAGGAGAAGAAACAGCGGCAGAUGCAGUCGGAUGCCGAGGCUGGUAUUCCCAUGGCCAUCCCGAUGAAGAGCCGCCAAAGUAGCUAUAACAGUGCACUGGACGGCCACGACCACAAGGGCCGAACACCCGUGACGGAUCCCCAUUGGGAUCAUGAGGCGGUCUUUGAUGUACUCGGUGACCAGUCCGAGGUCGAUGUUACCGUUUACGACCGUAGCAACCAAGAGGCGUUCCUGGGCCACGUGCGCCUCGCUAUCAAUCUGAAGGAAGACCACAGCCGGUUGGAAGGCUGGUUCCCCUUGGUCGCUCGUGCUGCGGGAGAUAGCCUGGUGUCGGGCGAGAUCCAUCUGCAGAUGCGUUUUGAGAUGACGGAGCGGAGACAGGUGGGCCCGAAUGACUUCCAUAUUCUGAAGCUUAUCGGCAAGGGAACGUUCGGUCAGGUCUAUCAGGUCAAGAAGAAGGACACCGGGCGGAUCUACGCCAUGAAGGUUCUGUCCAAGAAAGUCAUCAUCCAGAAGAAAGAGGUGGUGCACACAUUGGGAGAGCGCAACAUUCUUGUGCGCACUGCAAUGACGGCGUCGCCCUUUAUCGUUGGCCUCAAGUUCUCUUUCCAGACCCCCACGGAUCUGUACUUGGUCACGGAUUAUAUGUCUGGCGGUGAACUCUUCUGGCAUCUCCAGCGAGAAGGUCGCUUCCAGGAAGCCCGUGCCAAAUUCUACAUUGCCGAGUUGAUCUUGGCACUACAACAUCUGCACGAUCAUGAUAUCGUGUACCGGGAUCUGAAGCCAGAGAAUAUCCUGCUGGAUGCAAACGGUCACAUUGCGCUGUGUGACUUUGGUCUUUCCAAGGCUAACUUGAGCCAAAACGACACUACCAAUACGUUCUGUGGUACCACCGAAUAUCUCGCCCCGGAGGUCUUGCUGGACGAGCAAGGAUACACCAAGAUGGUUGAUUUCUGGUCUUUGGGAGUUUUGGUCUUUGAGAUGUGUUGCGGUUGGAGUCCGUUCUAUGCCGAGGAUACCCAGCAAAUGUACAAGAACAUUGCUUUCGGCAAGGUGCGGUUCCCCCGCGAUGCGCUCAGCACCGAGGGUCGGAAUUUCGUCAAGGGCCUGCUGAACCGGAAUCCCAAGCACCGACUUGGCGCCAAUGGUGAUGCGAAGGAGCUCAUGGCCCACCCCUUCUUCAAUGAUAUCGACUGGGAGGCGCUGGGUCGCAAGCAAGUCAUUCCUCCUUUCAAGCCGAAGCUGCAGUCCGACACCGAUACCUCGAACUUUGACCCCGAGUUUACCAACGCCCUGGAGACCAACAACUCCCUGCAUGAGCGGGCCGCCGCUCUCGCUAACGGCUUGAUGCCUGGAUCUACCCCCCUCUCUCCCGGCAUGCAAGCCAACUUCAAGGGCUUCACGUUUGUGAACGAAAGCUCUAUCGACCACCACCUUAAGCACGACCCUGCGGACCGGAUGGACGAGGACCCCUUGCACGAGGAUACGUGGCAGCGCACACAUCGGGCCACCAAUUCGAAUGACCAGCGCAUGAGCGGUGUUCAGAAGACGGAUGGGACGGAGCCAGGGAUCUUCAACGUUGACGAUAAUUUUGACAUGUGA